AUGAAGGAAAAAGACUCUAGACUGCAAUGGUCUUUCACUAUACGUAGCAUAUUCUUUUCUGUUUUUCAACCGCCUUUUCUUGUCUCUUUAUCUCCACCACUCUUCUUUUUUUUCUCUCUCUCUCUUUCUCCCAUCUCUUCUUUUUUUUUCUCUCUCUCUCUCUUUCUCCCCAUCUCUUCUUUCUCUCUCUCUCUCUCUCUCUCUCUCUCUCUUUCUCCCCAUCUCUUCUUUUUCUCUCUCUCUCUCUCUUUCUCCCCAUCUCUUCUUUUUUCUCUCUCUCCUUUCUCUCCAUCCAUCUUUUUUUUUCUCUCUCUCUUUCUCUCCAUCUCUUCUUUUUUUUCUCUCUCUCUCUUUCUCUCCAUCUCUUCUUUUUUUCUCUCUCUCUCUUUCUCUCCAUCUCUUCUUUUUUUUCUCUCUCUCUCUUUCUCUCCAUCUCUUCUUUAUUUCUCUCUCUUUCUCUCCAUCUCUUCUUUAUUUCUCUCUCUUUCUCUCCAUCUCUUCUUUAUUCUCUCUCUCUCCAUCUCUUCUUUAUUUCUCUCUCUUUCUCUCCAUCUCUUCUUUAUUUCUUCUCUCUCUCUCCAUCUCUUCUUUAUUUCUUCUCUCUCUCUCUCCAUCUCUUCUUUAUUUCUUCUCUCUCUCUCUCCAUCUCUUCUUUAUUUCUUCUCUCUCUCUCUCCAUCUCUUCUUUUUUUCUUCUCUCUCUCUCUCCAUCUCUUCUUUUUUUUUUCUCUCUCUCUCCAUCUCUUCUUUUUUUUUCUUCUCUCUCUCUCCAUCUCUUCUUUUUUUUUCUCUCUCUCUCUCCAUCUCUUCUUUUUUUUCUCUCUCUCUCCAUCUCUUCUUUUUUUUUCUCUCUCUCUCUCCAUCUCUUCUUUUUUUUUCUCUCUCUCUCUCCAUCUCUUUUUUUUCUUCUCUCUCUCUCUCCAUCUCUUCUUUUUUCUUCUCUCUCUCUCUCUCCAUCUCUUCUUUUUUUCUUCUCUCUCUCUCUCUCCAUCUCUUCUUUUUUUUCUCUCUCUCUCUCCAUCUCUUCUUUUUUUUUUCUCUCUCUCUCCAUCUCCCUUCUUUUUUUUUCUCUUUCUCCCCAUCUCUUUUUUUUCUCUCUCUCUCUCCCCAUCUCUUUUUUUUUUUCUCUCUCUCUCUCCCUUUCUCUUCUUUUUUUUCUCUCUCUCUCCCAUCUCUUUUUUUUUUCUCUCUCUCUCUCUCCCCAUCUCUUCUUUUUUUCUCUCUCCCAUCUCUUUUCUCUCUCUCUUUCUCCCAUCUUUUUUUUUCUCUCCCUCUCUCUCUCCAUCUUUUUUUUCUCUCUCUCUCUCCAUCUCUUCUUUUUUUCUCUCUUUUCUCUCCCAUCUCUUCUUUUUUUUUCUCUCUUUCUCCCAUCUCUUCUUUUUUUCUCUCUCUCUCUCCAUCUCUUCUUUUUUUCUCUCUCUCUCCCAUCUCUUCUUUUUUCUCUCUCUUUCUCCCAUCUCUUCUUUUUUUCUCUCUCUCUCUCCAUCUCUUCUUUUUUUCUCUCUCUUUCUCCCAUCUCUUCUUUUUUUCUCUCUCUUUCUCCCAUCUCUUCUUUUUUUCUCUCUCUUUCUCCCAUCUCUUCUUUUUUUUCUCUCUCUUUCUCCCAUCUCUUCUUUUUUUUCUCUCUCUUUCUCCCAUCUCUUCUUUUUUUUCUCUCUCUUUCUCCCAUCUCUUUUUUCUCUCCCUCUUUCUCCCAUCUCUUUUUUCUCUCUCUUUCUCCCAUCUCUUUUUUCUCUCUCUUUCUCCCAUCUCUUCUUUUUUUUCUCUCUCUUUCUCCCAUCUCUUCUUUUUUUUCUCUCUCUUUCUCCCAUCUCUUCUUUUUUUUCUCUCUCUUUCUCCCAUCUCUUCUUUUUUUUCUCUCUUUCUCCCAUCUCUUCUUUUUUUUUCUCUCUUUCUCCCAUCUCUUUUUUUUUUCUCUCUUUCUCCCAUCUCUUUUUUUCUCUCUCUCCCAUCUCUUCUUUUUUUCUCUCUCUUUCUCCCAUCUCUUCUUUUUUUUCUCUCUUUCUCCCAUCUCUUCUUUUUUUUCUCUCUUUCUCCCAUCUCUUCUUUUUUUUUCUCUCUCUUUCUCCCAUCUCUUUUUUUUUUCUCUCUUUCUCCCAUCUCUUCUUUUUUCUCUCUUUCUCCCAUCUCUCUUUUUUUUUUUCUCUCUUUCUCCCAUCUCUUCUUUUUUUCUCUCUUUCUCCCAUCUCUUCUUUUUUUCUCUCUUUCUCCCAUCUCUUCUUUUUUUCUCUCUCUUUCUCCCAUCUCUUCUUUUUUUUCUCUCUUUCUCCCAUCUCUUCUUUUUUUUUCUCUCUUUCUCCCAUCUCUUCUUUUUUUUUCUCUCUUUCUCCCAUCUCUUUUUUUUUCUCUCUUUCUCCCAUCUCUUCUUUUUUUUCUCUCUCUUUCUCCCAUCUCUUCUUUUUUUCUCUCUCUUUCUCCCAUCUUCUUUUUUUUUUCUCUCUCUUUCUCCCAUCUCUUCUUUUUUCUCUCUCUUUCUCCCAUCUCUUCUUUUUUCUCUCUCUUUCUCCCAUCUCUUCUUUUUUUCUCUCUUUCUCCCAUCUCUUCUUUUUUUCUCUCUUUCUCAUCUCUUCUUUUUUUUUUCUCUCUUUCUCCCAUCUCUUCUUUUUUUUUCUCUCUUUCUCCCAUCUCUUCUUUUUUUUUCUCUCUUUCUCCCAUCUCUUUUUUUUUUCUCUCUCUUUCUCCCAUCUCUUCUUUUUUUUUUUCUCUCUUUCUCCCAUCUCUUCUUUUUUUUUCUCUCUUUCUCCCAUCUCUUCUUUUUUUUCUCUCUUUCUCCCAUCUCUUCUUUUUUCUCUCUCUUUCUCCCAUCUCUUCUUUUUUUCUCUCUUUCUCCCAUCUCUUCUUUUUUUUUCUCUCUUUCUCCCAUCUCUUCUUUUUUUCUCUCUUUCUCCCAUUCUCUUCUUUUUUCUUUUCCUCUUUCAUUUCUUCAAAAAUCUUUUUUUUCAUUUCUUCUCUUUUUCCCCAUUUCAAAAUCUUCUUUUUUUCAUUUCUUCACAAAAUCUUUUCCUCUUUCAUUUCUUCUUUUUUUUCUCUCUUUCAUUUUCUUCAAAAUUUUUUCCUCUUUCAUUUCUUCCAAAAUCUUUUCCUCUUUCAUUUCUUCAAAAUCUUUUCCUCUUUCAUUUCUUCUUUUUUCCUCUUUCAUUUCUUCCAAAAUCUUUUCCUCUUUCAUUUCUUCACAAAAUCUUUUCCUCUUUCAUUUCUUCACAAAAUCUUUUCCUCUUUCAUUUCUUCACAAAAUCUUUUCCUCUUUCAUUUCUUCACAAAAUCUUUUCCUCUUUCAUUUCUUCACAAAAUCUUCUUCUUUUCCUUUCAAUCUCUCUCUCGCUUAUGCGCGAUACGCACACGCAUGUGUACUAAAAUGUGUCUUCCUCACCUUUCAAAAUCGGCAGUGGGCGGCAGUAGCAGACGAAGGAACAACACAUUGUUGCUUUCCUUAAUCACUUCGAUUGCAGUCUUUCUUUUCGCUCCCUUUUCCAUAAACAUGCUUUCCUACCGGCGUGCUGCUGGACCCGACAAAGUGGUUGUUGCUGUUGCUACUUCAGGAAUGUCCUGUUGCUGCUUCUUACUCUAG